AUUUGAAAAUAUUCAACCCUUAUUAUUUGACAGGCGUCAAAUGUUCAGAAGUGCAUAAAGUGGCUGCCCGAAACAUGACUAUAUUAUUAUGUAGAAUGGAGCUAACAAUUAUGUUAGCCAAUGUAAUACUUCUUUUAGCACAUUUAACCGUAUCUACUACGAAUCAGUUUGUUGAGAAAGGUGCUAGUGGUCAACCGUUACCAAAGGCAGCCACAUUUCACUUUCCGGAAUAUGCAUACAAGGAAACAAGCAAAAAUGAAAUUAUAUACCACGAAUUCGAGACUUCAUGCGAACGAAAUACUUUAUGCGAAAAUCUGGAGGGUGUUGUGAAAAAAUCUUGUGUUCGGCGAUGUAUCUCUUAUACCUGCUACCAAGACAUCUACGGAUUUGAUGAUCUGGAGGAGGGUGAAAUCGAUGUUCGACUGAAUUCUUUUAAAGGCUGUGUCAUCCAACGUACUGGUAAAAAUCAUCGCCGAUAUCCCGGUAAUCAGAGGUUAUUAUUACAGCGCUUCGAUUUUGGAGAAUUUUUUUUCAAUAUGAAAUGGAAAUUAACUAACUAUUUUAAAAACUUUCUUUAGUCAUUUAUAAAUAAUGAAGAGUAAUGUUUUAAGGAGUUCUCUUUGAAAUAUAGUACCUAUAUAUAAGCAUAUGUAAAUUUACAUGAGCAUUUGUACAUA